AUGGCGAUGGCAGCGCAGAUGGGUGUCCAGACCGUGGCGGCGGCCAAAGUGGAGGACAGAGAGGGAAGAGACGGCCAGGGGGAGACCGAGAGGGAAGAGACGGCCAGGGGAGACCGAGAGGGAAGAGACGGCCAGGGGAGACCGAGAGGAAGAGACGGCCAGGGGGAGACCGAGAGGGAAGAGACGGCCAGGGGGAGACCGAGAGGGAAGAGACGGCCAGGGGGAGACCGAGAGGGAAGAGACGGCCAGGGGGAGACCGAGAGGGAAGAGACGGCCAGGGGGAGACCGAGAGGGAAGAGACGGCCAGGGGGAGACCGAGAGGGAAGAGACGGCCAGGGGGAGACCGAGAGGGAAGAGACGGCCAGGGGGAGACCGAGAGGAAGAGACGGCCAGGGGGAGACCGAGAGGGAAGAGACGGCCAGGGGAGACCGAGAGGGAAGAGACGGCCAGGGGGAGACCGAGAGGGAAGAGACGGCCAGGGGGAGACCGAGAGGGAAGAGACGGCCAGGGGGAGACCGAGAGGGAAGAGACGGCCAGGGGGAGACCGAGAGGGAAGAGACGGCCAGGGGGAGACCGAGAGGGAAGAGACGGCCAGGGGGAGACCGAGAGGGAAGAGACGGCCAGGGGGAGACCGAGAGGGAAGAGACGGCCAGGGGAGACCGAGAGGGAAGAGACGGCCAGGGGGAGACCGAGAGGGAAGAGACGGCCAGGGGGAGACCGAGAGGGAAGAGACGGCCAGGGGGAGACCGAGAGGGAAGAGACGGCCAGGGGGAGACCGAGAGGGAAGAGACGGCCAGGGGGAGACCGAGAGGGAAGAGACGGCCAGGGGGAGACCGAGAGGGAAGAGACGGCCAGGGGGAGACCGAGAGGGAAGAGACGGCCAGGGGAGACCGAGAGGGAAGAGACGGCCAGGGGGAGACCGAGAGGGAAGAGACGGCCAGGGGGAGACCGAGAGGGAAGAGACGGCCAGGGGGAGACCGAGAGGGAAGAGACGGCCAGGGGGAGACCGAGAGGGAAGAGACGGCCAGGGGGAGACCGAGAGGGAAGAGACGGCCAGGGGGAGACCGAGAGGGAAGAGACGAGGUUAUGAAGGACCCAUCUGAGGUGGACCCAUCUGAGGUGGACCCAUCUGAGGUGGACCCAUCUGAGGUGGACCCAUCUGAGGUGGACCCAUCUGAGGUGGACCCAUCUGAGGUGGACCCAUCUGAGGUGGACCCAUCUGAGGUGGACCCAUCUGAGGUGGACCCAUCUGAGGUGGACCCAUCUGAGGUGGACCCAUCUGAGGUGGACCCAUCUGAGGUGGACCCAUCUGAGGUGGACCCAUCUGAGGUGGACCCAUCUGAGGUGGACCCAUCUGAGGUGGACCCAUCUGAGGUGGACCCAUCUGAGGAGGACCCAUCUGAGGAGGACCCAUCUGAGGAGGACCCAUCUGAGGAGGACCCAUCUGAGGAGGGCCCAUCUGAGGAGGGCCCAUCUGAGGAGGACCCAUCUGAGGAGGACCCAUCUGAGAAAGACCAGAUGACCUGA